CCCAUCUUGGAGUUGCGCAACUCUUGAUGACGUUGAAGUCUCUAAUCAAUUUUGGAAGUUUUGGAAAAGCUCCUUGGGAUGCAUCUAUCGAACGUUAUCAUAGUGAUGAAGGUGGCUAUCAUCAUGAGUAUCGCAGCUCCAAAGGAAAAGGUGGAAGUAGCGCUGCGCUGAGUGCAUUGACCUUGCUCGCUUUCCUAUUUCUUUUAAACGUUAUGCAGCAAUCUUUGCAGGACAAUAACUCGACACUCGCCCCGACAACCACUGCAUUAUUAUUACGAGACACCGAAAUGCCAAUUGUAUUGGACAAUGAAGAAGAAAAAAAUACUAAGACAACGGACGAUUUCGUGGAUGUAGUAAAUACAUAUAGUUUAAAAACAACAAAAAAAGAUUAUGCAUAAAGUGCGAGGAUUGACCAUCUGAUAACUUUAUAUUUUCUAAAUAAUUCUUUUCUCAAAUAUCACAUUUUUAUAUUCGAAAAUGUUUUUAUUCUUAGUUUUUUCUUAAUUUUGAGUAUUAAUUUUAUAUGUGCGUGUGUGAGUGUGGGCGCGCGCGCGUGUAUGUGUGCGUGUGUGUGUGUAUACAUACGUACAUACAUAUACGCUUACGUGUUAUAAACAUAAACAAUAAAUAUGAAUUUAUUAUCUAAUAAUCUAAUAAUUCAUAAUUAGUAGCUUAUGUUACAACAAAAUUUCGAGCAUAACUAUCAAAUAAUUAGCGGAUCAGCAUAAUGAUUUCGAAAUAAUCAAGUCAUUUAUCAAAACACAUAAACAGUUUAUUUAAUUUUAUUUCUCUUUCUCUUUUUUCUUUUUGAACAAUAAGAUCAUCGAAUGUAUCAUCAUUGUCAUCGUCAUCGUCGUCGCGUAAUGUGGUCGUUUAAAUGUAUUCAUUUAUAAUUUUAUAGAAUUUGAAAAUGUAUUCUUGUUCCUAAUUUUAUUUACAUAACAUUAGAAACAUUUAAAUAUUAAUUUUUAUUCUAUAUUUUGUCAUAGUCUUACAUUGCGUGAAAAAUAAUCACGAAUGAUCAUAUAUUGCUGAGAAAAUGGGCGAUGGGCGUGCUCUUUCGCCUACCGAUGCGUAUCUCGGGGAGCUUCUUGGAUUCUCUCGAUGAGGGUCCAAUUUUUCCUCGAGCCUGUCUGGUCAAUUUAUGUUCUGGAGUUGCGAUGGGCAACCUGCACAAUAACUUUGUUAUUCUUUUGUCAUUUUCUCUUAAAAUGUCCUGUCUCUAUCCUAUUUAUAAUAUAUAUAAUAUUGUGUGUAUAUAUAUAUAUA